GCUCUUUUAAAUGAAAUGCUAUCAAACAAGAAUCGUUUCGAGUCCCUCGCAACAUUGAAUGAUGAAUUACAAGGCCAUUAUUCGUUGGCGGAUGAAGACAAGCGGAGACUUCAGCAAGACAUUAAUAAACUGAAGAAAAACUGGCAAAGUUUGGAAGACAAAGUGGAAACUAAUUUAAAAAGGAUUGAAAACAGAGAAAGCGAUCUUGAAAACGACAGAAACAUUCGUCUAAAUGAAUGGCGGACGAGACAUGACGUGUUGAAAAAAUGGAUAGACGAAAUGAAACAAAAGUUAAAGAACGAGAAAAAUUGUAUCGUAAGGUGAAUGACGUCAGAGAAGAAUUAACAUUUAUUAAGACCUGUAUAGAGGAACAACAUUCACAGCACAAGGAUUAUCGUAGCUUACUUCGUUUUGCCGAGGAGGUUCAUCCGUCAUUGCUUUCCAAAGACAGAGAGGAAAUCGAUGGCAAAACGAUUUUGAUAAAAGCAUCUUGGAAACAGCUUGACGAUAUGAUGAAUGAACUCUUAAACGCUUUAAACAAUGAAGAAAAGUUACUCACGGAGCAGAGAACUAAAGAUUUUUCAGCGUGGAAGGAAGCGACGACUUCUCUCAAAGAAUCGAUGUCCAAACAAGAGACGUCAAUACGUGCAAUAAGUUUGAUUAAAACUGAUCACGAUGCUUUAGUAAAUCAGAAAGAGAAGCUCCAGGUUAUUCGAGAAGCCAUGAAUUUCCCUAAAAAAUGUUUCCAUGAAGUGGUUUUAUUGUUUCAAAAACUUCACAGUCGUGAGGCCUUCUCUGACGAAGAUAAAAGAAAAUUACAACAAGAUUUGGACGGCUUGGAAAAAGACUGGAAUAGUCUUGAAGAGCUGUUGAAUAAAACUCUUGCUAGAAUUAAUGAACAAGAAAAUAGCUUUCAUGAGGAGAGAAUUGUGAAAAUGGAUGAAUGGCAAACAAAAAGCACUUUCCUAGAAGAGUUGUUUAGUGAUCAGGGAACAAGAUGGGAUGAUGAUGAUGACUUGGAAUCCAAUGAUCUUGAAUCGUUACGGAAAUACAAAGAAAACACACAAAUCAAUGUUGAAACAAUACAGAAACAACAGGUUGAACUGCAAAACGCCAUCUUACUCGGCGACGAAGCUCAGGAUCACACGGCACUUCGCGAAGAAGACAAGGCCAAAAUAAGAACGCAAAUGAACAAUUUAAAAAGUCAGUGGCAGAAUUUGGAGGAUAGAAUGCAGAAGAAAAUUGAAAGAUUGUCAGCAAAGGAAGUGGCUUUCAACGAAGAGCGCUCCUCAUUAAUAUUAAGUUGGAACAAUGGUCUAUUUGAGUUUCAAGAUUGGAUCAACGAGCAAGAAGAGAAUCUUGCGAACCAAAACGAUCUGGUUACUGACUUGGAAUCAGUACAAAAACAAAAGACUGUUCUACAGGCGCAGCGUGAUGAAUUUGAUUCGCGAGAGAAAACAUUGGAAAAUGUUGUUGAACUGGCAAAAAAAGUGCAAGAUCACUCUUUAAUCUCUGAAGGUGAUCGGAAAAAGAUAAAAAAUGAUAUGAGUUCAUUGGACGAGUCGUUUACAGCUUUGAAACUUAAACUGAAUGAAAAACUGAAGCGACUCGACGCUAGUGAAAAGGCCAUUCUGGAUGAAAAAGAAGUCAAUUUAGUGGUAUGGAAGAAGAAGUUAGCAUCUUUAGAAGCAUUUAUGACUGAAAAACAAAAUAUACUAAGCGACAAUAAAGGAGAAGACCUUGAUUUGCAAGCACUUGAAAAAGUACGGCAGCAAUUAGAGGAUGAGGCUAAAGAUAUGGAACUGCAAGAGAAGAAGCUACUGUCCAGUACAAUCCGGUUUGGAGAGUCCUUGAAGGAUAGUUCUGCGUUUUCUUUGAACGACAUCAAACAGAUAGAUGAGGAUAGUCAGGUACAUCGUGAAAAUUGGGAUAACCUGAAGGAUGAAAUGGACUGGCGGAUCAAAAGAAUCUUGAAGAAGGAAUCAGAGUACAAAUUACAGGCAAGCACGAAACUGGAAGAAUGGGACAAAAUGGUUUCCCCGCUUUACGAGUGGUUUGCAAAGAUGGACAGAAAAUUGGAAAACAUGGAAAGUAUCGACUUAAAUAAAAAUACCCUAACGAAGCUCAAACAAGAUUAUCUCGGCUUGAGGAAAGAGUUGGAACUUCAAGAGAAACGUAUCGCGAAUGUGGCUGCGUUUGGUGAGGAGAUCACACAACAUCCAACGGUUUCUCAGGAUCAGAAACGGAACAUUCAACAAGACAUUACGCAAGUGGCGAACGAGUGGGAACAAUUGAACGAAAAAGUCGCAUGGCGUAUUUCUGGCGUCGAAGAGAGAGAGAGUAUUAGAUAGCGAUAGGUUGGCAAAAUUAGAAGAAUGGAAGGUCAGUCUUUCUCGCUUGCAAGAGAUGCUGGUAGAACAGGAGGAUGCUUUUAAAGAACACGAUGGUGUUGCCGCGGACCUAGAGACCGUUAUGCUUAAAAGUCUGAGAUCGAGGUAGCUGUGAUUUUGCUUUGUUAUUUUAUAUAGCAAACGUCAAGUUGCGUUUUUUCUUAUUGCCAUGACCUACUCUAGAUAUUAAAGUGUUUCCUUCUUGAUUCACAGGAAAUGCUUAACGAUUUGGAACUUGGACA